AUGCCCCCUCCCAAAGAGGAGACGCUGACGCUGAAUGAGCAGACGAUGAACGUCUUCAAGAAGAAGGGCUACACCAUUCAGAAGAAACUGAGUGAGGGCGCCUUUGGUCAGGUCUUCAAGGGCACCUACACCAAGACGGAGCAGGACGUCGCCAUCAAGGUAAUGUUUCUCGAAAAACUGGACGCCGGCUACAAGGACAAGUUCUGGCCGCGGGAGCUGGAGGCGCUGAUCAGCAUUCGUCAUGAACACGUGAUCAGCAUUUUUGACAUCAUCAAAGCCGAUGGGAAGCUAUUCAUCUUUAUGGAAUACGCCAACGGGGGCGACCUGGCCGAUUACCUGAAGAAGAAUGGCGCCAUGCCGGAGACCAUCGCCUGCUACUGGUUCACGCAGGCGACACAGGCGCUGGCGUACAUGCACGACAAGGUGGGCAUGGCGCAUCGAGACAUCAAAAUCGACAAUCUGCUGCUGCACAACCACAAGGUGAAGGUGACGGACUUUGGCUUUGCCCGCCAGGUGGUCAACAAAAAGGGCGAGGUCAUCCUCUCGGGGACCUUCUGCGGAACGCUGCCCUACCAGUCGCCGGAAAUAAUCGCCCAGAAGAUGUACGACCCAAUCAAGGCGGACUGCUGGGCAAUGGGCGUCACGCUGUUCUGCAUGCUGAACAACAAGUUCGUCUUUCACUACGACAACGAGGAGGAGAUGCUGAAGGAGCAGACCAGCGGGGCGGACUUUGUGAAAAGCCGCUACACCAGGAAGUUCCCCGCCGACCUGAGGGACCUGCAGGAGAAGCUACUUCACCCCAGCGAGGCGAAACGCCUCAGCAUGGCCCAGGCGCUGAAGCACCCGUGGAUUGUGCGCAAGGGCAA